UCUGGCCCGUCCGCGUCGCCGUUGGAAGGAGGAAGGGAAGCGCCUGCGCCGGCACCCUCUCCGCGCGGCGGCGGUUGGUAAGCCCCAGCCGCAGCCCCUGCCCCUGCCCCUGCCCCAGCUCCAGCCGCUGUCGUGUGCUUCUCCUCCGCCUCUCUGAUGGUGAUUCGGAGCUGCUCUUCUUUCCUCCGUGGACUGCUGAUUUCCAGAGCGGCGUGGAGGAGGCAGCACCCCCUCUUCUUGGCUCUCAGGCCUCCUGUGCCGCCGCCCGCACGCUUCUCCUCCUCCUCCUCCUCACGGCGCUCCACCAAGAGAUCCGCCGCAAAGACGCCAAUGGACUCCGCAGCAGCCGGCGAGCCCUUCUACGUCGUCCGCAAGGGGGACGUCAUCGGCAUCUACAAGACCCUCAGCGAAUGCCAAGCUCAAGUCAGCAAUUCGGUUUGCGACCCUUCCGUCACUGUCUUCAAAGGCUACUCUCUGCGCAAAGACACCGAGGAAUAUCUCGCUGCGCGCGGCUUGAGGAACGCCCUCUACGCCAUUGACGCAGCAGAUGCACGAGAUGAAUUGUUCGACGAUCUAGUUCCCUGCCCUUUCCAGCAACCUGAUGCAGCUGCAUCCUCAACUUUGAAAAGGCCAAACGAGAUUGAAACUGGGCCAUCAAAGAAGCAUCCCAAAGUUGAUGAGCAGGAACCAUUACCUGAUAGUCAUCUCUCUUGUAUUCUUGAAUUUGAUGGUGCUUCUAAGGGAAAUCCUGGGAAAGCAGGGGCUGGAGCAAUAAUAAGGCGGUUAGAUGGUUCUGUGAUUGCUCAGCUGCGUGAGGGUCUGGGUAUUGCAACGAACAAUGCUGCUGAAUAUCGUGCGCUGAUCCUGGGGCUUAAAUAUGCGGCCAAAAAAGGAUUCAAGUAUAUCCGUGCUCAAGGAGAUUCUAAGCUUGUCUGUAACCAGGUCCAAGAUCUCUGGCGUGCUAGGAAUGAUAAUAUGGCUGGCUUGUGCAAGAAAGUUAAGGAGCUGAAGGGGACAUUUCAGUUAUUUCAAAUCAGGCAUGUUUUGAGGUCCCUCUCUCAAGAAAGGAUGUGGGUGACAACUAGAAUGCUGGUACCCCUGUCACUCAUACUGCCUUGUUUCGUGCACAGGAUUACAACUCAGCUGCUGACGCUCAAGCUAACUUUGCAGUCGAACUUCCUGUUGGUGAAGUUCAAGAGCAGUCAAACUUUCCAUGCUAGUAGUUAUGUUGUGCACCGGUCUGGUUUGUGCAUCCAUCGCUUAGGUGCUGGGACUGAAUAUACGUCACGUUCGUUAAGUUCCCAUUGACAGUAAAGGAAGGGAUAAUACAGCAGCUGUAGUCAAAGUUGUAGUGAAUCUGAUAUAUCUGCAGGGAAUUGAACCGUCUGAGUUGAGAUAUUGAGUACAUUUCUAGGAGAUUUAAUCAACUCAAAACUUGUGUAGUGCAUUGGCUGCAUUGUAAAGAACCAGUGUUUUGCUGAUGUGCAAUGUUUGUAUUCGAAAUAUUAUUGACGAACAAAUCUAGAUCAAUGUGUUCGGCUUGAGAUUCUUGAUGCAACAAGUUAUCAUCAGUAAAGAAAAUUGAACAA